CAAAAUAACAUCGAUUCUUCGAGUGUUGUGUAAGGUGAUGAAAAUGUUUGACGUGACCAAUGUCAUUUCCCGAUUAAACAUGUCUUUGUUGCGAUCAUUACCCACCGGACUUAAUAGAAGUUCCAAGAUAUUAUCCCAAAGCGUUCCAGCUGUAUCUUAUCACCCAAAUGUAUUAGAUCACUAUGAAAAUCCAAGGAAUGUGGGUUCCAUGGAUAAAAAUGACUCCCAAGUUGGAACAGGUAUCGUAGGAGCUCCUGCCUGUGGCGAUGUAAUGAAGCUUCAGAUUAAAGUUGACGAGAAGGGAAAGAUCGUUGAUGCAAAGUUUAAAACCUUUGGCUGCGGUUCUGCUAUUGCUUCAAGUUCAUUAGCCACAGAAUGGGUCAAAGGAAAGACAGUUGAUGAAGCAUUGGCAUUAAAAAAUACCGAUAUUGCUAAAGAAUUGUGCUUACCACCUGUCAAGCUGCACUGUUCAAUGCUUGCAGAAGAUGCAAUUAAGGCUGCUUUGUCAGAUUACAGUAUAAAACAAAAGCAAAAAAUGAAAGAAAGCAAAGAUACUGAUUCGAAUAAAACAUGAUUCAGACCUAGACAGCAAUGAAGAGUAGUGCUAAUUAUAAUUAGCCACUAAAUAAUUCAUAGUUUUGGAACUUCACAAAUUAUUAACUGUGAUUUGUAUUUAAACAUUGUAACUUGAAUUAGAUGGAGAGCUUUGUGUAGAAACACUUUGCUAUAUUAUAUUUUCUUCGAUGACAAGAAAUAAAUAUAUUUAACUAAA